AUGCUCUCACUUCUUUGUAUCUUAGUAACCCUCAAUUUUAAGGUUUGUCACCAGCAUCCUUUGCUAGCCCCGCUUACACCACCACUCACAAACGCACACGCACACCAUGCCAAUUGCUACCGUCCACAAACUCUGUCUACCACGACGACCACCACUAUGCGUCGAGCACUGCCACCAUCAUUUACAGCUUCGACUAAAGCCAUCACGACCCACAGCCAACAAGCCCCUGCUAACAUCACCACUCAAAUUGGCGUUCAUAUCUUUCUCUCUGCAAAAGACAACCACAUCAGGCCAAUGCCAGAAACCUCAACGAACACACCUAGAGUUAGAGUUGAACAGACCAAGGAAAAAUCUGGAAAAAAAUGUUCUGAUGGAGCUAUUGACCAUGGUUCACGAACAGGUACAAUACUUGAACUUGAAUUAGAUAUCCCCACCCAGUAUGUAAGAGUAUGUUACUCCAAUUCCAACAUAUAGAAGUUGCCAAAAAGAUUGAAGAGGGAAAAGGAAAAGAUGGAAGAUGGGAAAAGAGGUUGUGGCUGAAUGGUAAGGUUUGUUUAGUCAUUGCAUCUAUCUGAUAUGAAUUGCAUCAUUUUUCCUCAACCUCUUAUGAUAUAACAAAAUUGAACUGCAUCAUUUGUAAUAUACCUUCUCAGGUUUAAAAAUCUAUAAAUUAAGAAAUAUUUGAGCAAAUUUUUGUCAAUAUGGGAAAUUCUAUGUUCAAUUGGUUUUAUAUAUCAAGUUUUAGUUUUAGAUAUUUUAAAUAAUACUAAUUACCUGUAUAUGGCUUAUGCAUGAUCUAUUGAAGCUGAACUCGGUUCCGGUUAUGAUAUGGUGGCCUCCAGUUUAUAUGUAAUUGUAUCCACAUAUAAGAUCACUCAUAUCUUACAUUGCAUAUAUUAAUUUGUAUUGGCUUUUUUGAAUUAGAUUUUUCAAAAGAGCAUGAGUUGGUUAAAUCACUAUUUACUAAGAUCCAAUACAUUAACCAAAUGUGUGAGGGGCUCUUGGUAAAAAUUGCAAAUGUCUUAGGCGAUCAUUAUUUUAUUUUGGCACAAGAAGAAAGUAUAAGAUAAUUUUGUUUUUCUACAUUUUCAUGGAUUAUUAUUUAAUUAUGGAAAAAUAUAUGCUUUUUAACACAUUUAUCGUUAGAGUAAUUGGGAGCCAGAGUAAUAAACACAACCUUGACCUGUUUUUCAAAUACAUUCACUUUACCAAUCUCUUGAAUGAUGGAACCAUUUGCUAUACAUGUUGAUUACUUUUUCUCAAACUCAAUAAAAUAGUUUUUUUAACAUGUCAACAAAGUUAGAGUAGUUAUUUAUAGAAUAACAUAAAUUUAUGAAAAAAAGGAUGGGGUUAUUCCAAUGCCUAUUAUUUCUUUUAGACAUGACCGUGUAUAUGGUUUCAUUAAAUUUCAUAUCAAAUUAUGCUAAUUGUUUGUCUUGUACCUUUAUUCAAGUAUAAGUUUUUAUUUUAAACUG